CUACGUAGCUUGUUGGACAAUCGUUCGUUCCAACUUUCAUAAACAAAACCCUACACAGUCGUUACUACCUCGACAGACAAGCCAAGAUGCGUACCACUGCAUCUAUCCUCGCCCUCGUGGCAUCUGCUUCGGCCGUCCAUCAGGGAUUCAACUACGGAUCUACCAACAGUGAUGGCUCCAUCAGGGACCAGCAGAGAUUCCAGGACGAGUUCAACGCCGCCAAGAGCCUCAAGGGUGUCACUGGCUUCAACUCUGCCCGUCUCUACACUAUGAUUCAAGGUGGAACAGCCAACGACCCCAUCUCCGCCAUCCCCGCCGCCAUCGCCUCAGACACCACCCUCCUCCUCGGCAUCUGGGCCUCCGCCGGCCAAGAAGGCAUCAACAACGAGAUCGCAGCCCUCAAGCGUGCCAUCGAGCAAUACGGCUCCGACUUCACCAGCCGCGUUACUGGUCUCUCCGUCGGCAGCGAGGACCUCUACCGUCUCUCCCCCACCGGCAUCGCCGCCAAGUCUGGCUACGGCGCUGAGCCCGCCGACCUCGUCUCCUACAUCGGUCAAGUCCGCCAGGCCAUCGCUGGCACCGCUCUCUCCGGCACUCCCAUCGGCCACGUCGACACCUGGAACGACUGGGUGAACGGCUCCAACAGCGCCGUCAUCCAAGCCGUCGACUGGCUCGGCGUAGACGCCUACCCCUACUUCCAGACCUCGAUGGCGAACGGCAUCGACAACGGCCCUCAACUCUUCUUCGACGCCUACGACGCCACCGUCGGCGCCGCAGGCGGCAAGGACGUCUGGAUCACCGAGACCGGAUGGCCUGUCUCCGGCCCCGUCUCCGGACAAGCCGAAGCCAGUCUCGCGAACGCCAAGUUCUUCUGGGACAAGGUCGCCUGCCCUUCCCUGGGGAAGAUCAACACCUACUGGUACACCCUCCAGGACUCCUACCCCAACACCCCCAGCCCCAGCUUCGGCGUCGUUGGCACAACCCUGAGCACAACACCGCUGUUCGACCUCUCCUGCCCAUCGGUCGAUACCACCACCCCCGCUACCUCCGCAAAGGACGUCGCCUCAGCCACCGAGGCGGCGCCUAGCUCCAUCGUCGCGAGCGGCGGAACCUUGACUCCAACCGAGGCCGCUGACGCCGGCGCCGGCGGCGUCGGUGCUGGUUCCGGCUCUGGAGACGCUUCGUCUACUCUCAUCGCCGUCCCAUCCAGCGCUGCUGGAAAUGCUAGCACUGCCGUCGGCGGUGGUGCUGGAAGCGCCUCUCCAACCGGCGGUGCUGGUGCCGGUAGCGCCUCUCCAUCUGGCGGAGCUUCUGGCGGUGCUGGUAGCGCGUCCCCAUCUGGUGGCUCCUCGACCGGCGCUGGAUCUGGCAGCGGCAGCGGUAGCGGAUCGGGCAGCACCGGUAACGGAACUGUUGUCUCGCCUGCGCCUACUGCUGGGUCUACCACUGGUGUGGCUACGGGUGCUGCUCCUACCGCUGCUGCGGGUGCGGGACUUGCGUUCGGUGCUGCUAUUAUGGCUGUUGUUGCUGCGUUCUAGAUGUCUCCCUCUGGUGGGAUGUGUUAUGAAUAUGCGGAGUUGGCAAGAUGUGAUGAAAGAUUAGAUUGUGUAUUGUGUGUGGUGCAUUGCGUGGUUUUGAUUUACGGGCUGCUCGGUGGGAUGUGGUGUAUAGGGAUUUCUUAGAAUGGGCCCGGGAAUAUGGAAAUGGAAAUGGAUAUGGGGCGUCACUGUUGUUGAUAAUGGCAGGCGUCGUGGAAGUAAUCUUUAUACUACUGUGGUGGAGAGUGUUUAAUGAGAAUAGAACUUGUUUGCAUGUAUUACACGUCUCAUGAUAAAUGGUAG